AGAAGUUCUCUCGACUUUUUUUUCCGUCAUCUCCGUUUAUCUUUUUGCCUUGUUCAUACAUUAUACGUAUUGAACCCGCCGCCACGUCGCUAAACGAAUAUAAUGUGAUUCAUGAAAAACACUGAAAUUAAAAAAAAAAAUGAGUACUGUGUACGAGUAAAUAUAAACUAUUAAUCGAAACUUGAAGGUCAAAUGAGGUUAAAAAUAUGAGUGCAUGUAUGCCUGAAUUUAUAUAAAAUCCCAUUGCGCGUAUAAAAUUUAAAUACACCGAGUUGAAACGCCAAUCGACGUCGUCUUCGUUUAGUACCAACGUGUGUUGUAACUACAGAUAAAAUAACUGUUGAUAAUCUUCCCACAGUUUUUUCACGCCGAAUAAGAAAUACGACCGUAGAAGAUAUUAUGAAUCGUUUGUCGCUGAUUGCGAUCUGUCUAUGGCUCUACAAUGGAUGGUGCUGUGGCGCUCCAGCGGCGGGUCUACUUUCACCUCAACGACGGCCAGCCGUCGACCCGCACUCAGUGCCACUGGUAAACACGCCGAAUUACGUCCGAAAUCGCGUGUUUGGUUCACGACAGCAGCCGAGGAAGUCUUCGGCGACGGUAUCGGUGCAGGGCCCAGUGGACAGUGGACAGCAGGUGGAUGGAGAUCAGGAUGCUGCGGAUACAGUUGGCAUUAACUUUGGGCUGGGCAUCGGGCUGGACACGCCACUCAUCGACUCACUUCUAGAGCGGUUGUUGAGGCGUAAGCAGCUCCUGUUAGCCGCGGCUGCGGCUGCUUAUCCGGGUGCUGCUGGUUGGGGCGUGGGCGGCGGUGGCAGUGGAGGUUAUUUCCCGGGACCGGCAGUAGUAUUCCCGUACGGUGCUGGUGGCGGCGGUGGCGGCGGCGGAGUUCUUCCGUGGAACAGGCCCGCUGCAUAUCCGUUUCCGUUCGUGCCGUCCCUGAACCCGUUCGGAGGUGGUGGAGGCGGUGGAGUGGGCGGCGGUGGUUGGGGUGGUUUCGGCAGUGGCGGCAUCGGUGGCGGUGGCUGGGGUGGUGGUUGGGGAAAUUUCAACCCGCUGUUGGAUUUCGACGAUUUUGGAUGGAAGAACAACAACGCACAACAAUAAGCGUUCUUAACCAUUACGCAUUUAAUUUUCAUAAUUAUAAAUACAUUUGAUACAAAAAAAAUCUGUUUAAUAUUAAGAAACAAAAAAUAUUAUAUAAAUAAAUUUAAUUAUUUUAAAAAUA